GACCUUACGCGAGGAUUCCACUAUCUUCUCUGUUUCUGCCCAGCGUUCGAUGCUUCGGAGGGCAUCUUUCCAGUGAUUGAUGGUGUUUGUGGUCAGUAUGACGACUUUGUGCAGCAGGUGGGGGUUCUUGAUGGGCUCAUGACUACAUUUCACGACGUGGAUGGCGUGGUGGUUCAGCAAGUGCUGCCCAUGACCCGAUUCACAAUCAGAGUUGAUUGUGGUGGUGGCUUUGACAGCUGUAAUGCGAACGACUUUUCCAGCAUCAAGGUGAUCCCUCGAGCCUGGUCUGAGAUGGAUUCCGCCAUCGGCUUCAUGCACUGGAACACCAGCAACGCUUGCCCAGAGGCAGUCGAGACCUCGCAGUGGUACUCGCCAGUGAAUUGCUUGGAGAAUGGCCAGCGCACUUCGGAAAACUGUCAGGCCAGCGGCGGGACCCUGAUGACUGAGAAGAUCUUCGGGCAGAAUGAAGUCAGAUUCCUGCCAAAGGUUGAUGCCGACAACGCUGGAGUCGCGCAGUUCUUCGAUGUUUGCUUUGUACACAAGGAUCCAGCAAUUGACACUCUGGCCGUCCAAGACUUCGAGCCUUUCAGUGACGAUGCCAUGCAAGAGACCACCAGAACAUUCUUUAAGGUUGGACAGCUGGUUGUUGAGCCCCUUUGGUUGUAUGGCACUGACACUUGGGUCAUGAGCCGGCCCAAUGAGAUCCGCAUGGGGCCCCCGGAUCUCUCGCGGUCGAGCAACCUGCACGGCAGCCUUCUAGAUGGCUUCGUGGCCAACGGGAGCAAUCCCAUGGGGCCCAUGAUCAAGGUCAUCUUGGAGGAUGGGACAACUGGCUCUUUGGACUCCUAUGGCUGCUUUGGCUUCAUUCCCAACGAAGCCUCCGUCGCCGGCGUGUACUGCUCCAAUCGAUCCUUUUGCACACCCAGAGCUACGAAGGUUGGGGAGGAGUUGAUGCUGGAUGGCGGAAACCCUGACCACCGCAUUACGGUUCUGAAGGCUGGGGUCACCGCAGUUUGCUACUGCGAGGCAUGGCCUUUGGAUGGUUUGGAGCGAUGCAACAAGGUGGAAGAUUGGCUCCUGGUCGGGAAGUUCUUGGUGUCGGGCCCGCGCGGAAAUCAGGAGUGGACGCUGGACACGGGAAUGGUGCAAAGCCUGGAAGUUGAGGGAUGGGGUUUGCGGGAGAGCAACACCGUCCGCAUCCUCGAGAAGGGCCAGACCUGUCGCGAGGAGAGCUUCAACAUCGUUGCAACCCAUGUGAGAUGGUGCUCAGCAUCGAACAAGGGUGUCUGUGUUAUGCACGCCCAGGGCACAAAUGCCACCUCGAUUUUUGAUUUGCCUGGGAUCUUGUGGCGCCACAACUCCACCGAUCCCCCAGCAUACAUCUACAUGAUCGAGGCAGCUGACGACGGUCAAGGAACCUUCUUGCACUUUCCGGUGGUGCCUGUUAUCAGGCAGUUUGACACGAUCAUCAUUGAGGACAAUGUAGUCCCACAGGCACCCCACUGGGUUCGUCAAAGAGAUCUACAGCGGAUUCUCCGUGGCCAGGACACUGGACAUCGAAUUGUCGAGAUGCUGAAUGCAGACCGCACUUUGCGAAUUGAGAUGGUCCUAGAUCCAUUUCCCCAGCUUGAGAUCACCCCGCCGCAGCAGGGCAGGUGGUACCGGAACAACAAGAUCAAGGUGCCAGAUAUUCGAGGAUCAGAGGAAGUCGGAAAUCUGGCAGUUUGCUGGGGUGAGAGAGCUGGGGAGUACUACGCUCUUGCUGGCUUCUUGAGCUUCGUGAACCCCAACUACCUGGCCAGGAUCUCCCUGGGCUUGACAGCUACGGGCGCGGGGACCACAGCGCCCAUGAUCCUGAGCUUCACGACGGGCGACAAUCCGCAGUACUACCUGCCUCCCAACUCCAUGCAGCUCAGGAUCACCUUCACAAACUCUUCCAUUCUGGCACCAGCAUUUGCAUCAUUCGAAGAGGAGAUGAUACAGAACAUGACAUAUGCAGACCAAAUGCACGAGGCCUCACAGUCGGUAUGUGGGCGAGUCUUUCUGGAGUUGUACUCGGACAUCGAGUUUGGCUUCCCCGUUCCUACCGGAUGCUAUGUCGAUACCAAUCGCUAUGGGUCUGAAGGGCGAGUCGUCGCCAUCUAUAUCCUCUUUGAGGCCUUGAAUGGAUUGAAAGCAGACACCACUUACACGAUCGUGAUGAAUGCAAAACUUAUGGUGCCGAUGUCAACGAUCGACUACGCGCGGCUGGACGAACACCUGAUUGAGCUGGUGACGUUGGACGACAUCAAGCUGAAGCCCGAGGGAGUGGUCGACGCUGGCUACGUGAACCCAGACAAGGUCAUACAGAACUCAGCUGACCGCGGCAACGAAAGUGAAGACAUGCGUUGGUACCAGGGAGGUUAUGGUGGCAUCUACUUGAGGAACACUGUGGUGGAUGACAUCACGGACGGGCCAGAACCGUUCACGCCUUAG